AUGGCGCGGGUCUAUGCAGAUGUCAACCAGAACAUGCCCAGAAGUUAUUGGGACUAUGACAGUGUCAAUAUCAGCUGGGGUGUUCUCGAGAACUACGAGGUUGUCCGUAAGAUCGGCCGCGGAAAGUAUUCGGAGGUAUUCGAGGGCAUCAACGUGAUUAACUAUCAGAAAUGCGUCAUUAAGGUUCUGAAACCGGUCAAGAAGAAGAAGAUUAAGCGUGAAAUCAAGAUCCUUCAGAACCUUUCUGGCGGUCCCAACAUUGUCGCCCUCCUCGAUGUCGUCCGAGACAAUCAGAGCAAGACGCCAUCGUUAAUCUUCGAGUACGUCAACAACACCGACUUCCGAAGCCUCUACCCCAAGUUCAACGACAUCGAUGUACGAUACUACAUCUACGAACUUCUGAAGGCGCUCGACUACUGCCACAGCAAGGGAAUCAUGCACCGAGACGUAAAACCUCAUAACGUUAUGAUCGAUCAUGAGAACAGAAAGUUACGUCUCAUCGAUUGGGGUCUGGCCGAAUUCUACCACCCUGGAACUGAGUACAAUGUGCGCGUCGCAUCCCGCUAUUUCAAGGGUCCCGAGCUACUUGUUGAUUUCCAGGAGUACGACUACAGCUUAGACAUGUGGUCCCUUGGCGCUAUGUUCGCAUCUAUGAUCUUUCGCAAGGAGCCUUUCUUCCAUGGGAACAGCAAUUCAGACCAGCUAGUGAAGAUUGCUAAGGUCCUCGGCACUGAUGAUCUUUUCGACUAUUUGGACAAGUACGAAAUAGAGCUUGACCCUCAGUAUGACGAUAUCCUUGGCCGUUUCGCCAAGAAACCUUGGCACAGUUUCGUAAACAGCGAGAACCAGCGAUUCGUAAGCAAUGAAGCUAUUGACUUCCUUGACAAGCUGCUCCGUUACGACCACCAGGAACGGCUUACGGCCAAGGAGGCGAUGGCUCACCCUUACUUCGCCCCUAUCCGAGACGAAGCUACUCUCACGGAAUACCUGAACGGUGCAACCGUGAGCUCUGAGUCCUAA